AGCGAAAUUAUAUACUAAAAAAUGUUAUGGAGGCAACCGAUAAAGAAAAAAGUUGGUGGUUUGAAGGAACUCAUCUGCCUAUUAACAGUGAAAGACCUCCUUUGGUUCUUGCAAGAGAUGUACCAUUCAAGAA